GAGCGGAAGUCCUCCUACUCCGCCGGAGACCGCCGCUUCAGCGACGAGUGGGACGCCUCCAAGGUCCCCCCCUCCCGCUUCCAGAAGCGCAAGGGCUCCAUCUACGCGGUGCCCGCCUCGCGCGACGGCCGCGUCGACAGCAACUACCAGCAAAAGUUCUUCGAGAAGCUGGCCGAGAUGGGCUACAGCGGCGGCAAGAAACAAUAG